ACAAAAAUUCUGCUAAAGGAAACUGGGGACAUGUCACAGGGACCAUAGAAAGAGUUCCAGCAGCGAUACAAACAGGCUGAUCUCCUAACACCUUUACCUUAAAUGCAGUUGAUGAAUUAAGAACGGCCUCAGUUUUCUCACACUGCCUAAAUGCACGCCGAAACCCCAGAGUGGCUGAUUGUAUUAGCGUGGGUCUGGAAUAACCCAGCCCUAUAUUGAUCAAAAAGACUCUGAUAACAUUCCCUCAGAACGAGUUUGUAAUGCUGUGUGUAUAGGAUCUUUUACAAUCAAAAUACCAAGCCUUGGAAUGCACUGAUUUAAAACAUUCACAUCUAAUUCCACAUAACCUAUAUAAGGAAUAUCAAGCCCAUUAGCAGCUUUUAAACCAAGCCACUCACAAUCUUGCUUUUUUACAUGAGAAAGAUAUUUAUUAAAGAAACUCUCGGUCACAGUCGUGACCAUAGAACCUGUGUCCACUAAACAUGGAACAUUCACAUCAUCCAUCUUAACACCUACAGCAGGACAUUGUCCUACUAACCGAUCAUAAACUGAAGAAUCCGCACAGGAGCCCUCUACCGUUCCUCCCAGCAUAUGGCUCAAUACGCUGGGGGUCACUAUUUUUCGGACAGCCCAGAGGGUUCUCUAACUGGUCCCCCCCCCAUGAGUAUCCAAACCAGUAUCACAGUACCGAGCAAUAUGCCCAGGUCUGUUACAUUUAAUACAGAUUGGUCUACCAUCAGGUGCACGCUUAAAUCGAUUGUUCUGACCAGGUUUACUAAUAGCAGGAGCGAGGUGCUUUACCAACAAGUCCAAAUGUGCCUGUUGUUUCAGGACUAUAUUCUUAAGUUCUAUCAACUCUGUAGAAGACUGAACACAAUGAGCCUCACAACUAGGUGUAACAUGUGUCUCAUAAGUAUAUCGGUAGAGCGUACCUGCUUGUCUCUGUUAGGUUGCCCUUCAUCAACCCACUGGAUGGCCUCCCGUCGUACUUAGAGUGACAUAGUCUCUGUACUUCGUACCAACCUUUUCAGCUCCCUGCGAAGCAUGUGGUCACGCACAUUUUCACAAAACUGAUCUCUAACAACAGUCUCAGUAUUGGGUAUAGCACCUGGCUUGCACUGCUCUACAUGUUCCAUUAGAGCCAACAGGGCAUGUGAAAACUUGUAUAAUGAUUCCCCAUCCCUCUGCUUCCGAUCGAAAAACCUUUGCUGCCAAUAAACAUAUGAUUUUGAACAUCCAUACACUUCUCUCAAAACCUCAAAAAUUUGUUCAGAGUUUUCCCUCACUCCCUGAGGCCGAUAUUUAAUUUCAUUACGGGCUUCUAAAUGAUCCAAAAGAAAGAGAGCUUUGUCCCAUUCAGACAUGUACCUUGACCUAAUACAACUCUGAGCCUCCUCUAUCCAUUCUUCCACAGACAAUGCCCCAACAGCUGAAAAUCCAAAAAACUUAUGCCCCUUUUCCACCGAAGUGGUUCGAGUGCUAGAUCGGAGCCAGAGCCUAAUUUAGAACCAGUUCUUUCUGUUUUGACCGACAAAGCACCGGCUCCGAACCAGGAAAAGUGGUUCUUAAGUAGCACCAAAACGUUGCUGGUCUAGACUUAAGAACCGCUGGGGGCGGGGCUACUUAGAAAAAAGGAGACAGACAAGCGCCAUUUUUAAAUCACCACCACCACCAGCAGCAGCAGCAAUAAUAAUAAUGAUAGCAAUAAUAAACAAUGGACGUGCAAACCAAAAAACAGUGGUCCGUUGAUGAAAUCAACUGCCUACUUGCACUCUGGUCCUCGACAGAAGUCCAGAAGAAGUUGGAUGGAGCGACAAGAACAAAACCGGUGCUACAGCAAAUUCAGCGUGAGAUGGCUGCAGCGGGGUUCAACAAGAGUGUCGGUCAAAUUAACAAUAAGCUUAAAAAAUUAAAGAAGGAGUACAGAGACCAACAAAAGGACCUCGGUCGAAGCGGCAGUUGUCGGCCACAUCGUAAUCCACAUUUUGAUGUUCUCGACUCUGUCCUCGGCGACAGACCAACCUUCCAGCCUACCGGGGCACUGAACUCCGCAACAUUGAUACUCGAAGGAAUGGCUAAUAAUUCGCUUGAGAAAAGUCACACUGAUCCUGGUAAGUUCUAUUUUACACUUCUUUUGUCUCCGGCCAGCUCUUUGACCAAAUUAUUGGACAAAUUGUCUGCCAUCAACGACGGUGAUGACCUUGAGUUUCCACCACCAUUGAGCUGCAGCUCUCCCUCAUCGUUGAGUAGAAGCUCUGGAGAUGCAUGUACAUCUUCAGCACAGAACAAACAUGGAAAAAGGAAAAGAGACAGCAUAUCCGAAUUGGUGGCUUAUCUUGAAAGGGCAGAUGAGCGGUUCUUCCAGCACUCCAAGGACAUGGAAAAUGCACUGUUGCAACAAAUGAGCGCAACUCAUGGACUCAUGGAGCACAUGUUGACCACCAAUGACAAAACUGCGCAAUGACAAGACUUUUUUUUUAUUUAGAAUUUAAUUUUUUUCUAAUGUAUGGCUGCUAUUGCACUUUUCAAGAAUGUAAAGUCUCACACGUUGUAGUUUUCUGUGCUUUUUUUAAAAAAAAAAGA